AUUCUAUUGGAGGGCUCCAGGGGGAAGAGAUGAGAGUCUUCAGAAGCUAAUUGACUAGGGCAGGAUCAGGAAGCCAAAGCACAUCCGUAGAAGGGAGGCGUCUACAAUGGAAGAACAGAAGGAAAAUGAGCUAGAUUACGAGUAAGUAACAGCGACUACGAAAGGCGGCAUCCAGGCACCAGGUCAGAAAAAAUGGAAAUCUUAAGAUUGGCCCAAUCAAAGAAGAACAUUAUGAGUUUGAACAUGGACCUUGAAAGAGAUAUGCAGAGAAUAGAUGAAGCCAACCAGGAGCUUCUUCUCAAAAUACAAGAAAAAGAAAAUGAAAUCCAGAGGCUGGAAAGUGAGAUCACCCAGACUGGUGACCCUGCAGAAGAUGAGGAUUGGGAGAAGGAAAACUGCGCUGUGAUGGAGAGAGAGAGGGCUCUGCGGGAGCUGGAGGAAGAAACAACCAGACUCGAGAAGAAGAACGAGGCUUUGGUCCACAGUAUCUCAGAACUUCAGAGAAAGCUUACAAGGAAAUCACAAAAGAUAGUCAGAUGUGAACAAGGUGAUCUGGAAAUAACCCCAGAAGAGUCAAAGGUUAAGUUACAACAGUUGGAAUCUUCCUGUGCAGACCAAGAAAAGGAACUUGCCAAGAUAAUGGAAGACUAUGUGUUUGUGUCUCAGCUCUGCGAAGAUCAAGCUAUCUGCAUAAAGAAGUACCAGGAAGCAUUGAAGAGGAUAGAAGAAGAACUGGAGACUGGAUUCCUUGAGAGAGAAGUAUCAAAAGUCUUAAGCAUGGAUUCUGAGAGAGAAAAGAGUAACAGCCUAAAUAAUAAGGAUGAUUCCAUCACCAAAAAGGCAUCAAGGUUCAGUAAAAGGAUUUUUCGCUCCCUCUUUUUUACCACACUAUUUUUCAUCAGAUUGCUGGGGUACCUGAUCUUCCAUUUAAGCUUUAUAAAUCCCGACCUCCUCAUCAACGCACUGCCCAAGAUUCUGAGCAGGGACGUCUUGUGGAAGCUGCGCUGCUUCCUGUUCCCGUCCCUCACACUUGAGACGGAAGACAUGUUACCCCACUGACCCCAAGCCGUGUCUGUGGUCAGCAGAAGGCAAGAGGGACACAGACUCAUCGAUGGGAGGUGGCCAAACCCGUGGAGGGUAGAGGUAUGCCUCGGUUUUUCCCUCGAGGUUGGGACCAUGGUGCCCAUUCGUCUCCAUGUCACUUUUCCAAGAUUAACCUUGCCCAGUAAAGAACUUUGUCAGUGA